AUGGAGUACAAUGCUAUAAUAGAUUCGACAAACCAGUCAUCCUUCUUCACCAGUGUAUCGUCCACACUGUCGUCAUGGUCGUCAUCAUUGCAAAAAGAGACCGAGCAGAGUUUCCCAGGCACUAUGAAACGCUUUGGUGACCUUACACAACUUGUACAGCAAAAGGCACGUGAAUUCCCAUCCAACAUUGCCAAUCUACCAAGUGCUCUUGAAGCCGAGCAUCAACAAUUUGUCAAGGGCAACCUUGUAUCAAAGAAUGGGCGAUCAGAGCUUGUAGCUCCAUGGCAAGGAUAUGGUGCAUAUGAAAAACGUAUCAAGCAGCGGGUAUUAGCAUUGUCCAAGGAUGAGCGUAACCUUACUAUCCCACCGCCCGAAGAUACGAGCUUCCAAUUUGAUAUCAAGGCAUACAGUCAAUCUGCUGCUGCUGCUCUGAAAUACGAUCCUGAACUAGCAAAACUGCGUUUUCGCCUUGUACCACAACAUGUGACCGAACCCACUUUUUGGAGAAAUUACUUUUAUCGAGUGACCUUGGAAAAGCAAGCAGCAUUGAGUUCUACUGAUAUUGACCCCAACGAUACUUCCGAGGAGCCCCAAGACGUCUUGUUUGAUUAUGCAGCUAGUGAUGAUGAGGAAGACAAUACAGAGCAAGAGAAAAAAUCACAACCCAAACCCGCCAUACAAAAGGAUCAACCAUCAGAGGAGAAGAAAGAUGAGAACAAGAAUACAGCUUCUUUGGACACAAAGCCUGACGAUCGCAACACCUCCUCAGAACCCAAAACAACAGCAACAACGACAACUGAAUCGAAAGAUUAUGAUGGCAUGGAAGAAUGGGAACGCGAGCUUAGGAAAGCAGCAGGAGAAUUUUAA